ACGUCCAGGCAGCCCGGCCGGGCUGGAUGGGGCUCUGCCACCCUGCUGGGGAGCAGCUACUGUGCCUGCUGUCCCUUGCUGUCCCCAACCACCACGCUGUGGGCACGGGGCCACACUGGAUUCCCGGGUGCCACCAGAGCUGCUGACGGGGGUCCUACCUCUGCAGACCUCCCCCCCGCCGUCAGCAUGGCAAACCGGGGACCCUCAUACGGCCUCAGCCGGGAGGUGCAGCAGAAGAUCGACCGGCAGUACGACCCCGAGCUGGAGCAGAUCCUGGUGCGGUGGAUCCUGGCACAGUGCGGUGGGGACGUCACGCAGCCGGCAUCCGGCAGGGACGGCUUCCAGCAGUGGCUGAAGGACGGCACCGUGCUGUGCAGGCUCAUCAACAGCCUGCACCCGCGGGGCCAGGGACCGGUGGCCAAGAUCCAGGCGUCCACCAUGGCCUUCAAGCAGAUGGAACAGAUCUCGCAGUUCCUGCAGGCGGCUGAGCGCUACGGCAUCGCCGCCACCGACAUCUUCCAGACCGUCGACCUCUGGGAAGGGAAGAACAUGGCGUGCGUGCAGAGGACCCUGAUGAACCUGGGCAGCCUGGCUGUGGCCAAGGGCGACGGGCUCUUCGUGGGAGACCCCAACUGGUUCCCCAAGAAAUCACAGGAGAACCGGCGCGUCUUCUCCGAGGACAAGCUGAAGGAGGGACAGAGCGUCAUCGGGCUGCAGAUGGGC